CGCAGCAGGAGGAGGAGGAGGAGGAGGAGGAGGAGGAGGGAGAAGAUGGCGGACGAUCCCAGCGCUGCCGACCGCAACGUGGAGAUCUGGAAGAUCAAGAAGCUCAUCAAGAGCCUGGAGGCGGCCCGCGGCAAUGGCACCAGCAUGAUAUCCUUGAUCAUUCCCCCCAAAGACCAGAUCUCACGAGUGGCAAAGAUGUUAGCGGACGAGUUUGGCACAGCCUCCAACAUUAAAUCCCGAGUGAAUCGCCUUUCAGUCCUGGGAGCCAUCACAUCUGUACAGCAAAGACUGAAACUCUAUAACAAAGUACCUCCAAAUGGUCUGGUUGUUUACUGUGGAACAAUUGUGACAGAAGAAGGAAAAGAGAAGAAAGUCAACAUUGACUUUGAACCUUUCAAACCAAUCAAUACGUCGUUGUAUUUGUGUGACAACAAAUUCCACACAGAGGCUCUCACGGCGCUGCUUUCCGACGACAGCAAGUUUGGCUUUAUUGUAAUAGAUGGUAGUGGUGCACUCUUUGGGACCCUUCAAGGAAACACAAGAGAAGUCCUGCACAAAUUCACUGUGGAUCUUCCAAAGAAGCAUGGUAGAGGAGGUCAGUCUGCCUUGCGCUUCGCUCGCUUGAGGAUGGAGAAGCGACACAACUACGUGAGGAAGGUAGCGGAGACGGCCGUGCAGCUCUUCAUCUCUGGAGACAAGGUGAACGUGGCUGGGCUCGUUUUAGCUGGAUCAGCUGACUUCAAAACUGAACUAAGUCAAUCUGACAUGUUCGAUCAGCGGUUGCAAUCCAAAGUGCUCAAACUAGUUGACAUUUCAUAUGGAGGAGAAAAUGGAUUCAAUCAAGCAAUUGAGCUGUCAACUGAGGUCCUCUCCAAUGUGAAAUUCAUUCAAGAGAAGAAACUAAUAGGACGAUACUUCGAUGAGAUCAGUCAGGACACGGGCAAGUACUGCUUUGGUGUUGAGGAUACACUAAAAGCUUUGGAAAUGGGAGCAGUAGAGAUCCUGAUAGUCUAUGAAAAUCUGGAUAUCAUGAGAUACGUUCUGCACUGCCAAGGCACGGAGGAGGAGAAGAUCCUGUAUUUGACACCAGAGCAAGAGAAGGAUAAAUCCCACUUCACAGAUAAAGAGACUGGCCAGGAACAUGAACUGAUAGAAAGUAUGCCCCUUCUGGAGUGGUUUGCAAACAACUACAAGAAAUUUGGAGCAACAUUGGAAAUUGUUACAGACAAAUCACAGGAAGGAUCCCAAUUCGUGAAAGGAUUUGGAGGAAUUGGAGGUAUCUUGCGGUACCGAGUGGACUUCCAGGGAAUGGAAUACCAAGGAGGAGACGAUGAAUUUUUUGACCUUGAUGACUACUAGGUAGUCGACCUGGGUCCGGCAAAACGUGCCUCGCCCCUCCAGCAUCCAACCCAAGGAGCAAACUUCACGGUGGAAAAACACAACCAGAUCCCUGCCUUAGAAUUGGAACAUUUCCAGAACUCGAUCCACAAGCAUUGGAUUGAAAACAAACAAAAAAAAAAACCCCAACCCAACAAAAGAACCAACCAAACAACAAAAGCAAAACCCUACACUUUGAUUUGUCCUAGUGUCAGUACAACAGCAAAACUACUAAGUUCCUAUAAUGCCACUUUGGACUAAUUUAAAAGGAAGAAGAAGGAACAACAACAACAACAAAAAAAGAAUCCCAAUUUUUACUUUUACUCAGUGGUGAAAAAUUGGUUGCUCUUGAAUUUUAUGGAAGUGAUUUUUUUAACCUUCAUGAUAACAUUAACUGCUGUAAAACCUCUUCCUUCCAAAAAAAACAAAACCCAACCACCAAAAAAAAAACCCACCCCAAAACCCAACCAAAAUUGAUUAAUAAAAGAAACAAACCACAACAGGAUCUUACUUUGGAUUGGAGAAAUCAGUGGCUGCGUUUUGCAGCGCCCUUGACCCAUUUACAUGGCAUCCUCAGCUUAGCCUGCAGGAGGAGAAACGCAGUGAGGGUGGGAGCUAGCCGCUCUCCUCAGCUGAAUGAGAAGGAGGCACUUGCCCAGAGUGUGCUGGCUUAGAACGUGUGGCUUGCAAAUUCAGAUGGUCUGGGGAGGCUUAGCAGCCUAAACCUCCUUUUCUUUGCAGGAGCACUGCUCUCCCUAAAUAGGAACUGCAGCUCUUUUUUGGUUUGCAAUGAAAAUGCUGCUGAAGUCUUGGGCUUGAUUUGGGUUGGAGCAGCCUUCAGGCUUUGUUUUUUUUUUUUUUCCCCCUCUCCCCCUCAGUUUUGAUUAAAGAAAAAGUAAAUAAACAGAUGAUUGAAGUGAAGUAAGGUAAACUUUGGUUCGUUCCUUAGUUUUUGGUUUAGGACUGUGUAAGGUUUCCUUGAUGAUGUGAAUUUGAGCCCACGGUUCUUUAGUGGAAGUGGGUGUUUGAGAGGAAUAAUUAGGCAGUGGAGCCCUCGCCUGAAACCUUGGUGCUGGUGCAUUUGGAGCAUUUCAUACUGGUCUUCUGAACCUGAGCACAACCCCCUGGGGAUAUCCAUCUCCCAGCACUAAGGCACUCGCUCUGUGGUGUUGGCUCCCAGGUAGAUCUGCUGAUCGACUCUAAACAGGUCCUUAACGGCUUCAAACUCCCUGUGGCGCCAAGGCUGAAGACAGCUUUUUGUCAUGGCCCUGCUCUGCGGGAUGCAUUUCCACCUGCCCCGGGUGGCUGGGGAGGGUUCAGGUAGUCUCCCAGGCAGAGAGGGCAGAGUGACUGCCGGCACGGGGUGGUGCACAAGUCCUGCUUCUUGCCGGGGGUCUCUGGGCGCUCUGACAUCGCAGUGCCUGCCGGCUCUGUCCUCCCCUGCCUCUCCCACUCCUGGUGCAUCGCUCCAAAGCAGCUCCUGUUCCAGUCGCAUACCUGCCUCUUGUUCCAGUAAAUCCUGUUUCACUUGAAUGGAGGAGGAGGGGCGGGGGGAGCUCAUCUGCAGGCUUCUGCCACGCUCUUCUUUGAGGUCCAAACUUAACCCCGAUGGCAAGCAAUAGAAUUUGUACUCCUCAUUUCUAACCUGGCAGAUGGCUUUGCUGUCCUUCUCACAUCCAAGCUGGAAUCUCUCACAGAAGGUGUGACCCGGGCCCACCACAAAUUUGCACAAACCCAGGUUUGGGCACAGUUUGUGGCUUUGUUUUGUUUCCCCCCACCCCCACCCCCUUUCUUCCUCUUCCUCCUCCCUGAGUUUGGGCAUGCAUUUGUGGUCCCCACGGCAGUAUGCUCUGGAUUUUGCCAUUGUAAAUGGGUCUGAUGUGACAAGACCAGAGAAAUUGGGUGUAAAUUUCCAUCUUUUUGUUGUUGUUUUCUUUUUUUGGGGGGGGGGAAUAUACUGCUUGUUGUUUCACAUGGAUACAUUUUAGGGUAUGCAGCUCAUUUUUUUUUUCCCUUUGGGUUUAUUUUCCCCCCCCCCUUUUCUUCUUUUUUUCUGGGAGGUAGUUUUUAUUUUUACUAUUUAAGUUUGGAAAUGAUGCCAAAUUUCUCUCUCUCUUUCUCUCUCUUUUUGUUUUGUAUUUCUUUAAUCAAUGUGUUCUCUUCAGUGAUAUAUAUUGCAUUAUAUAUUGAUGUGUAUAUCAAUAUAUACUGAUAUGUAUUACACUUACACAUGCAAACACGGUCAACGGGGGUGACAAAUCCUAGCCUUUGCAUACUAUAUAGCCUCUGCAGAGAGAUCCCAAGCAGUGAUAUCUUGGUGUUGUGAUGUACAGAAAUGGAGAAGAGUAUUAAACCAUAUUUAAGAAUAUA